AUGAAUGAUGACAAGAAAUCUUUUGUAUCAUUCACCGAAAGAGAUAAAUUCGAUUUAAACCAGAGGAUCACAAAUGAUUUUUAUCCAUUUUCAUCAAAAGGAUACUCAUUGCUUGAAUUAUGCUGCUAUCAUGGAUCUGCAAAGUGUUUCAAGUUUUUGAAAGAACAGUACCAACCAAAAAUCACUAAGAAAUGUCUCAAAUUAUCAUUUUUGAGUGGUGUUCCAGAUAUAAUGAAUGAAUGCUUAAAACAUCAAGUUCCAACUCAAAAAUGCAUGAAAUAUGCAAUAAUUUCACAUAACAUCGAUUUUGUUUCUUUCUUAAUAAGAGAAUACAACUUACAAAUCGAUUUAAGAGAAUGCUGUGAAUUCAACAACCUUCAUGCAUUUUUAGUUUAUCUUGAUCAAGCACAAGAUAUAAAUAAAUGUUUUCCAUAUGCAGCAAUGUUUAAUUCACAAUGUUUAAUGGAACAUUUUCUUUCUCAUGGUGCAAAGAUCGAUUCAAAAACAGAAGAGGAAGAUAAUGCACUCCAUCUCUCGGUAAAAAGUAAUCAUUUACAAAUGGUCGAAUUCUUAUUGUCUCAUGGGAUCAAGGUUAAUAAAGAAAAUUUAAAUGGAGAUACAGCACUUCAUUUGGCUUCAAAAUGCAAAAAUAUUCAAAUUGUCGAAGCGCUGAUUGCACAUGGUUCUAAAAUAAAUUCUAAAAAUAAAAACAAAGAAACACCAUUACAUUUGGCGACCUUGAAUAACAGCACUGACAUUAUCAAGAUUCUUAUUGAUAAAGGUGCAAAUGUCAAAUUAAUGACAAAAGUGUGUCAAACUGUCCUCCAUAAUGCUAUGAUGAACAAUAAUACUGAGUUCGCAGAAAUUUUCAUAGAGCUUGGUGUCAAUGUAAAUGCACAAAAUGAUCAGAAAAUCACUGCCUUGCAUUAUGCAGCAAUCAAUAAUAACGUCACAAUUGCAGAACUUCUAAUAAAACAUGGAGCAGAUGUCAAUUUAUAUGAUGAAAAUCAUGAAUCUGCACUUCAUUAUGCAGUUUUUAACAAUAGUAAAGAAGUGAUAGAACUUCUUUUCUCAUAUAAUGCAGAAAUUCAAUUAAAUAAUGAAACAAAUUCAUACAUUCCAGAAAUAGAUGUUAAUUCAAGAAAUUUAAAUUAUGGUUGCAGUCCUCUUCACUUUGCCGCAUGGAUGAAUAAUAAAGAUAUCGCUGAAAUUCUAUUGUCUCAAGGUGCAUUAAUAAAUUCUAGGACAAUUGAUGGCAAAUUACCUCUUCAUUUUGCUGCAUUACAUCAAUGUAAUGAUAUAGUUGAAUUCCUGAUAACCCAUGGAACAGAUAUAAAUGCAAAAGAUAAAAGUGGUAAUGCAUCUCUUCAUUAUGCAGUAUUAUUUGAAAAUCUUGAAACAGCAAAACUUUUAAUAUCACAUGGGGCAGAUUUGAAUAUAUCAGAUUUACAAAGAAAUACACCACUCCAUAUUGCAGUUAAAAAUAAUUAUAUUGGAUUUGUAAAAUAUCUGAUCGAACAUGGAGCAGACUCAAAUAACAAGAAUAAUUUUGGUGAAACUGCUAUUCAUCUUGCAAUUUUAAACAAUAAUAAGGACAUUGCAAAUAUCAUUAUCUCAAAUGGAUGUGAUAUUAACACUUAUGAUAAUAAUGGAAAAACUCCGUUAAUGUAUGCAUUAAAUAAUAAAGAUUUAGAAUUCUCAAAAUUUCUAAUCUCAAUUGGUGCUGAUGUAAAUAUACCUGAUAGCAAUGGAAAAACUGCAUUAUUGCAUGCAAUUGAGAAUAAAGAUGUAGAAUUCGCAACGUUUCUUAUAUCAAUUGGUGCUGAUAUAAAUAUCCCUGAUAACAACGGAAAAACUGCUUUAUUGCAGGCAAUUGAGAAUAAAGAUGUAGAAGUCGCAAAGUUUCUAAUCUCAAGUAGUGCCCAUAUAAAUAUCUCUGAUAAUAUGGGAAAAACACCUCUAAUUUAUGCAUUAAAUAAUAAAGAUUUAGAAUUCGCAAAGUUUCUAAUAUCAAUUGGUGCUGAUAUAAAUAUAUGUGAUAGCAAUGGAAAAACUGCUUUAAUUUAUGCAAUUGAAAAUAAUGAUGUAGAAUUCGUAAAGUUUCUAAUUUCAAGCGGCGCUUAUAUAAAUACCCCUGAUAACAAUGGAAAAACUGCUUUAAUACAUGCAAUUGAGAAUAAUGAUGUAGAAUUCGUAAAGUUUCUAAUUUCAAAUGGCGCUGAUACAAAUAUAUCUGAUAGCAAUGGGAAAACUGUUUUAAUAUAUGCAGCCAUGAAUAAUAAUAUAGAAAUUGCAAAGUUGGUAAUGUUAAAUUGUUCUACAAUUAAUAACUCUGAUAAUGAGAGAAAAACUGCUCUUUUUUAUGCUAUUACUAAUCAUAAUCCGAAAAUGGUAAACCUCCUUCUCUCACAUAAUGCAAAUACCAGCUUACAAUUUUACUUAAGAAAUUCUUUCAUGAAACAUGUUUCCCUUGGAAAAACUUAUCUUCAACUUGCUGUUGAACAUCAAAACCGAGAAAUUAUAGAGCUUCUACUUUCAAAUGGUGUUAAUAUCAAUGAAAAAGAUGAUAAAGGAAGGACGGCACUUUUUUAUGCAGCAAAACUAAGAAAUGAUUCUGUGGCAGGUUUUCUUAUUACACAUGAAGCUUUUAUUAACGAACGAGAUUCAACAUUCUCUACAGCUCUUCAUAUUGCUGCAAGUAAUAAUUCAGUAAACGUAGCAAGACUUUUGAUCUCAAAUGGAAUUGACAUCAAUGCUCAAAACAUCAAUGAUGAAACUGCACUGCAUAUCUCUUCAAAUAGCAAUUAUACAGCAAUGGCAGAACUUCUUCUCUUAAAUGGCAUAAAGGUAAAUUUGAGAAAUUACGAAGGUUGCUCAGCACUACAUUGCGCAGUGUCAAGAAACUCAGAAGCGGUGGUUCAGCUGCUUCUUUCACAUGGCGCAAAUAUUAAUUUGAGAGAUAAUAAAGGAAAAACAGUUCUCCAUUAUAUCACUUUCAUAUUAUAUAGUUUUCCACAAAUGAUUGAACUUCUUCUCUCACACGGUGCAGAUAUAAAUGCUAGAGAUAAUCAAGGAAGAGCAAUUAUUCAUUAUGCUGCUGAGAAUAUUUUUUUAGAUGAAAUUAAAUGUCUCAUUUCAUACAAUGCAGAUGUCAAUAUUGAAGAUUAUGAAGGGAAAACACCUCUUCAUAUUUUAGCAGAUAAAAAAGAUGAAGAAUGUUGUGAAUUCCUUAUUUCACAUGGUGCUGAUAUCAAAGCUAAAACAUACGAAGGGAAAACUGCUUAUCAUUUUGCAGUUGAUGAAAGAUAUAAUAACCCAACAGAAGAACUUUUUAUUUCUCACGGUGCAGAUAUCAAUGACCAAGAUUUUUAUGGAACAACACCUAAAUUUUUAAUGCACAAAAGAAGAUCAUGUAGAAUUUGUGAUGCGUUAUGCGAGAGUAUAUGCAUUCUAUUACUAAUAGCAUUUGCUUUUGGAAUUAUAGUUUUUAUUGCAUGGAUAAUAUUCAAGUUGAUUAUCGAUAAUAUUCUUUAG